UUCUUACUUGUUACUCAUCAUCAGGAGAGGAAAAAUGCAGUGGUUCGAUGAGAGAGUACUUUUUAAGGUGGUCAUGGAAAACCAAUGGGAAGAGGUUGUAGACAUAAUCAAGGAACACUCGCCAUGUGCCUCAGUCAGGAUCACUACUUCAAAGGACACGGCAUUGCACCUAGCCGUCUCAGAUGGCCGUGAAGAAAUACUUGAACAUCUUGUUCAAGUGCUGGGUGACAAGGCCAAGGAUGCUCUGAAAAUUAAGAACGACCAUGGCAACACUCCUCUCCAUUUAGCUGCGACCUUGGGAAAUAAGCGCAUGUGCCAAUGCAUAACUGACGUGAAUAAAGAUCUUGUGGGCGAGCGCAAUGAUGAUGGGCAUACACCCCUCUUCUUGACCGCUCUCUAUGGCAAAGUGGACGCUUUCACUUUCUUCUGUCAAAUCUGCCUUCCAAAAGGCAUCCAGGAGUACUAUAGAGGAGCGCGUGGUGAAUCCAUUCUCCACACUGCCAUUAAUGGAGAACACUUUAAAUUGGCAUUAUUGAUAUUGAACAACUAUGAAGAGCUUAUGUUCACUAAGGACGAAAAAGGAUUGACCCCUCUCCAUCUCCUGGCCCGUAAGCCUUUAGUAUUCAGAAGUUGUACUUACUUCAGCCGACUGGAAAAUAUUGUUUAUUCUUGUGUAACUGUCAAAAAGCUGCCAGAUGUCAGUCUUCCACAUCAGAUCAAUGACCAAACAGGUCAACAAUCAAGGAAUACCGAAUCUCGAAGAGAUCGAUGGUUUCCACCAAAUUAUGGAACAUGCUGCUACUUCUUGAAUCUCAUAUAUAGUUUUCUAUUGGUUAUCUUUGGAUGGGGCAAACUGGUUUCUAAUUCUAGAGCUAAUGGAGAAAAUGCAAAAAACUCUGGUCAACGGGGGGAUGCAGAGACGGGAUUGGCGGGGAACGCAAGAGAACUGCCUCCAGGUGACGAUUAUCGCGCAGGCUUCAAGCUGAUGAAGCUUGUACGUAAACUAAUGCCGAUGAUCGUAUUGGGAUACAAAGACAUACAGACGAUUAAGCACAUAAAAGAGAAGCACGUAUGGUCUCUUCAGAUCGUCAAAAAAAUGCUUGACACUGCCGGAAAUUCCGGGGAUGAUGCUGCUGGAAGGUUCGGAAAAUCCAAUCAAGAAACUUCUGAUAUGGACCUUAUCCAUGAACCUUCACUAGAAGAAACUAAACAAUCAGGAUUUGGAUUCGGGGAAGACGAUUGGCAAUGCUGAGGAAUGCUCUGGACUCUACAUCCUUAAGGAGCUCCAUGAUCCACAAGAACAACCUCAAAUGGCAGUUGGUAGUAAUUCUUUUUCGGUUUCAUGUCAAAAUAACGAUAGUGCAAUUAUGUUGUGGCACUAUCGCUUAGGUCAUCCAAAUGUUAUGUAUCUCAAGCAUUUAUUUCCUUCAUUAUUUCAUAAAAAUCCAAAAUCCUUUGAGUGCGAAAUCUGUCAAUUAUCAAAGCAAGUCCGGUCUCAUUUUCCCA